UGUAGGAAAAAAAUAGCUGAAUGCACAAUGAAUGGUGGUGGAAGCACGCCUGUGUGCGGAAGCGAUGGAGUCACGUACUCCAAUCAAUGUCAAGUCAUUUCUAAGCAAUGUCAAGGCGUGUCUGUCCUCAUCAAACACACUGGACCUUGUCCAGAGACUCCGGCGUGCUUCUCAGCAAGAUUAACCGCUCGACAUGGCGUACGGCCUGCCUGCCGAGACGAUGGGACGUACGCGCCCGUUCAGUGUCACGCAGAGACCGAGUAUUGUUGGUGUGUAACGCCGCAAGGCCGGCCGUUGCCCGAUACAACGGUAAGAUAUAAAAAACCAAGAUGUUUGAGAGCCGGUUCCAGAUCUGCUGCUUCUACUAGGAGCGGCCAAAGGCGACGCUCGCCGACUAGGAAACAACGUAGGCAGUAUGUUAGCAAUAGGCAUCGAAAUACCUGCGAUCGUACCGAAAAGUCCAAGUUCAAUGGAAAUCUCAUCGAGAACUUCAAAAUCGAAUACAGACGGACUAAUAUAUCCACCGAGGAUGAUAAGAAUGUCGAACGAGUAUUGUCGUGGAAAUUUGUUAAGCUGGACCAGAACGCAGACGGCUACUUAGAUAAGACAGAGUACAAGGAGCUCAGAAGACUCGCCAAGAAGGCGGUGAGACCGAAGAAGUGCGCACGCACGUUCGCUCGCACGUGCGACCUAAAUCGGGAUUUAAAACUAUCCAAGCAGGAAUGGGGUGCUUGUCUUGCCAAUGAUUUCACUCUUUUAAAAGGUAGCCCAGCCAUUGGCAGUCCUAUUCAAUCUCUACCGUUUAAUGAUGAUAAUUCCGACACUAAGGAAGAAAGCGAUGCAAAUGAUUGUAUAUCGGAUAGAACAUCAGUGUUGGAAGAUCAGAAGCGAGCAAAUUUGUACGUUCCGCAAUGCAUGUCCGAUGGAAGGUAUAAUCGAGUACAAUGCUAUUCAGGUUAUUGUUGGUGUGUGUAUCAGGAUACAGGUAAGCCAAUACCAGGGACAUCCUCGAACAAUGGCACACCGAAUUGUAAUCCAGUUCCGACUCCUAGUAGACCUAUGAAAGGAUGUCCAGAUUUAAAAAAACAAUUAUUCCUUCGAGAUUUGAUGACUCUCAUGCAAGAAAAAAUGGAAGCUUCCAACAAGCUGGAAGCUGAUUUUAAUGAAACUACCGUUAAAUGGCAGGUUUCUAAAGAGGAAAGAAUAGCAACUUGGCAUUUUGUAAUGCUUGACAAGAAUAAAAAUAAGGUUUUAGAAAAAAAAGAAUGGAAAAGUUUUCGGACAAUGAUAGCGAAUAACAAACAACUCCGAAGAUGUGGUAAAAAAUUACCAAGAUAUUGUGACAUCAACAACGAUCGAAGAAUCAGUAUGACAGAAUGGCUGAGUUGUCUCAAUGCUCAGCGUCCAACAAUAGCUAACAAUCCAGAGAAACCGUUAACUACACCGAAAAGAAUAGGUCCAAAUCCACUAGAUCAAUUUCUCAAUGAUGAUGACUAGCAUAUUAUGUGAUAAUUUGUGUUCGCUAUCUCAGAGACAUUCAUCUUUUUUUUUUGUCAUUAAGCAUUAAAAUAGGUACUGGAAUUUUUAGAAUCACUG